UGUUUUGUUUUCGAGCGGAAAUCAAGAUGGCGGACGCCGAGGAAACCAGACCAGUAACCUGCACGUUUCUUUUUAAGAAAUCAAACAAGAAAUUCUCUGCGCGGAAAAGAAAAGCCAGUGACAGCGACAAAGACAGGAGCAGCGAUGAGGAGAAAAACGCCGUGGUGAAGAGAGAGAAGAAAGCAAGCUCUCACAACCCCAUGGUACAGAGGAGCAAGAAAGUGGAAAAGAAAGAGGUUUCCUCCAGUGACAGUGAUGAAGACCGAGAGACCAAGACCGUUACUGUGGCUUAUAAAUCCACUCGCUCUGCGAAACCAGAGGGACCAGACGACAUGGGAGCCACUGCAGUGUACGCGCUGGACACUGAGAGAGAUAAAGACGCUCAGGCCAUCUUCGAACGCAGCCAGAAAAUUCAGGAGGAGCUGCAGGGAAAAGAGGAUGAUAAAAUCUACCGCGGCAUCAACAACUAUCAAAAGUUCAUUAAGCCUAAGGACACCACCAUGGGUAACGCCUCGUCUGGCAUGGUCAGGAAAGGGCCGAUCAGAGCCCCUGAGCACCUGAGGGCUACAGUGAGGUGGGACUACCAGCCUGACAUAUGCAAAGAUUACAAAGAGACGGGCUUCUGUGGAUUCGGAGACAGCUGUAAGUUUUUGCACGACCGAUCUGAUUACAAACACGGCUGGCAGAUCGAGAGAGAGCUGGAGGAGGGACGAUACGGCGCUAACGACGAAGAAAACUACGAGGUGAGCAGCGACGAGGAGGAUCUGCCUUUCAAGUGCUUCAUCUGCAGAGAAUCCUUCAAGAACCCCAUCAUAACGAAGUGUAGGCAUUAUUUCUGCGAGGCCUGCGCGCUGCAGCACUACCGCAAGUCCAAGCGCUGCUACGUGUGCAACCAACAAACCAACGGCGUCUUCAACCCAGCCAAAGAAUUGAUGGCGAAGAUGCAGAAACAUCAAGCCAAUGCAGACCAGCCACCUUCAGACGAGGAAGACUAGCGUUCCCGUCUCCUCCCUUCCCUUCAUUCUCCCUGAACGUUUCCUCGGUGUUGUAAAUUAAUUAUCAAAAAUAAAAUCUUGCUUUUUAUUAAACAA